CUCCCGGGCUCCACCUCCCCUCGGCUGCUGCAGUGAAGACCCACGCUGUGACGUGGGCGGCCAACAUGGUGGUGCAGGAGGCGCUGCCGACGGCGUACUACGACCAUGACGUCAACACUCUGGGCGUCUUUAGCCUGCAGCACAGUGGCCGGCAGCAGGGCAGGACGGACGGCGUGUGCUUCAACACGCUGGUGGCGCUGGUGCCCGACCGCGUCCAGCGCAACCAGGACGGAGAGAAGGUGGAGUCAACGGGGAUGCUGCAGCCUCCACCCGUAGAAAACCCUCGAUACCUCUGGCAUGAAGUCCACAAACAGACACUGAGAGAGAAACUGCUGGAAAAGAUCAAAAACACCUCCAUCUUACCUCUCCACAGCAUGUACUGAGCACGUUAUAUCCAGAGGUGUAAAGUAACUAAGUAAAUGUAUUCAAGUACUUAAGAACAA